AUGGAAUAAAAUCAAUAAUAUCAAAUAAGAGUGAGUGGAUUACCUCUUGACAUUGAUGUAGAUUCGUAUUCUGGUCUUUUUGGGAGCAAUGGAAAAUAUAAGAUAAUUAAAAAGUACGAAGACAAUUAAAUAUCAAAUAAAUCAAAUGCUUCUUAGUAGCUCGUUUUGCAGUACGAAUCGUUGUAAGUUGCUCAAGCUACUAUCAAAGAAAUAAAAUCAUAAAACUCAAAUCUCUCUGCUGAACUUAUUGCUUUACCUUAAUAAUAACAAAACGAUUAAAAUGCGUCUACCCGUUAAGAAAACUAGAUUAUGAUAUCCAAAGUAGUUUAGUAAGACUAGGCACCCAACUCUUCUUCAUAAAAGCUUUCUUCCUCUAAAAGUAGAAGCAGGAGUAACAGUCCUAAAAACAUUCAUAACACUAAAUCGAACUAAGUUCAAUUUUCCACAUUAAAAAAUAAAGGAGACAUCUAGUUAAAUAGUAAUGGUUUAAGUAUAGUUGUUGAUAAGGAUAAUAGUAUAAAUUCUGGAAAUUAGUAUUAAUUUGGCUACAAUUCUAUGCUUAGUUAAUAGAUUUAAGAUAUAAAUGGAUAAAACUCUUCAAAUUCCUAACAUUUUAAGGAUGUUUCUCCUCAAAAAGCUCAAGCAUCUAAAGUAAAAUCAUCAGAAAGUAGAGAAAGAAUUUCAAAUGACAAUUAAUCAAUAGAAUCAGGAGAAGUUCCUUCAAGCUCCAGAGAUUAGUAAAAUAAUGAUCUUAGUUAAAGUUAAUUUAGUAAAGAUGAAAGAAUUAAUGUACCUUAAACACAAACUCAGCAAAAUGUUGUAAAAUAAACUUUGACAAUCAUUAAGCAAGACAGAAAUUAAAUUAAUAACAACAACAGCAACAGUAAUAAUGUUAAUAAUAGCAAUAACAAUAACAAUUUUAAUUCUAAUGGUAAAUCGAUUAAUAAUGUUGUUAUUUCUAUAGCAGCUGCACAACCUAAUAAUGUAACAGCGCCAAACCCAGCUUAAGCUGGAAUAGGAGGUGGGAGAGUAAUUACUAUCAAAAAGAAAGAUCAGGGACCUAAACUGAUUGAUAAAUUGAUUAUUAAAUAAAAACCUUCCUAAAACGAUUUAGAAAAACCAACUGUUUCAACUGGAUCUUUAGAAAAUGUUAAUUUACAAAGUUAAAGUAUUUAGCAGAUGCAGCCCUAACCAAAUCCUUCUAAUUUUAGCUAUAAAAUUUAAAAUAGCUAAAUUAUUAGUAGAUCUGGAGUAGCUACCAAUAAUAAUGGAGGCUUAAAAACUUAAAAAGUAUUAAGAAUCAGUUAACGCGAAAAUGAUGGAAACAAUUCUACGUUUGGUGAAGAAAAAGACUAUUAGCUGAACAGCAAUAACAAUAAAAGUAACAUAAAUGUCUAUUAAAAAAGAGAGUACUAAGCUAAAUAGGAUAUUUAUAAAAACAGAUAUUAAAUUAAUUAUAAUAAUGAAGAGAAAUACAAUUAUAAUCAAUUGGGUGAAUAGCAAAAGUAAUUAAUAAAUAAUAAUAUUUAAAAUUACUAAACUUAGAACUAGAAUGAUUUUAGUAAAUAAAAGUUAUUUAUUAGCAGUAAUUAAUCUUAAAAUUAGUAGAUAAAUAUUUAGAUUUAAUAACAGUAGCAAUAAAAUUCUUGUUAAUAAUAGUUAUAGUAGUAGUAAUAGAUUUAAUAUUAGUAGUAGUAGUUAUUAUCUUAGCAAUCUUAGUAGUAGUCUCAGCUAUAGCUUUAGCAGUAAUAGCCUCAGUUAUUGUAGUCUUAAUAGUCAUAAUAAUUUUAAAAUAACUUAAAGUAGUAUUAGUAAUAUUAUUCUUAGUAGCUUAAUUCUAAUAAUUAGUAGUAUCUAAAUUAACCUAUUUUAAAUAUGUAAUAUAGCUAACAUUAACAAAAUUUUAGUCAGGUACUAAAGGUUGUUGAUAUAUAGGCAGAAAAAAAAAAAUUACAUAAACUCAUCCAUGAGAGAAUAAAACUUGUUCAUCUCAGACAUAUGCGAGAGAAGAAAAAAAAAUACCACUGUUUGCAUGUGUUUCAUAGAAUAAACUGUCAUUAAAUUCACAAAUCUCAGUAAAAUAUAGAUGAUUAAAAAUAAUAUCCAGAAUACUUAAGAAAUAUGGAUUUCCUCCAAUUUUGUAAGUAUUUUCGUAGUAAGUUAGAAAGAUCAUCAUCUCUCUCAAUAGAAAGAGAAUUUUUCCUAUAGUAGCCUCUCUCUUCUAUUUCUAAACCUUCAAAAUCUCCUCCAUAGUCUGGCCAAAAUAAUUUACUCCCGGAGGCUAAAUAACUUUAAACUAGCUUGAAUGAUAAAAAUAUAAAAGAUAAAAUCUAAUAAAAUAAUAACUCUUGUUAACUAGAAUCAAACUAAAUUUAGCAGCAGUACCAAAGUAGAUCUAAAUAAAAAGAGUUAGCACUGAGUGGAAGAGAGAAAAAAGAUUAUAGCGCAGAAAGAUACCAAAGAGAAAAUAAAGAUGGUAGAGAUGAUAAGCAGCUAAGAGAGAAAAGCAAAGAUAAUAAUAGAGAUUAUAGAGAUAAUAAAGAUAUUGUAGAUUUUAGAGAUGUUAAAGAAAAUAGAGAUAAUAGAGAUUAUAAAGAUACUAGGAGCUAUAAGGAUAGUAGAGAUUAUAAAGACAAUAGAGAUUUUAGAGAUAAUAAUAGAGGAAUAAGUAGAGAGCUUUAGCAUUAAUAGUAAUUUAAUUAUGAUAAGUAGAACUAAUACAAUAAAAACAAUACUUUUCAAGAAAAUUCUUCUCCUACACGCAGUUUGAGAGAAAAUAACAACACUACCAAUAAUAACAAUAAUUAUUAAUAUAACAAUAAUAAUAGCAGAAGAUAUUACAAAAACUUUUAAGAUUGUAGAAGAAGUAGAAGCAGAUCACACGAUAGCAGAAGUAAUUCUUUUUCUCGUAAUUAAUACAAAGGAAAUGUGCAUAACUAGAAUGGCAAAAAUUAUAAAAAUUAUGAGAAAAAAUAAAAUAAAUACUCUCCAAAGCAUUAAUAUAGAAAUGAAAAAAAUAGAUACUUUUCUAGAUCAACUAGCCCUGAUUCAAGAAAAGGGUAGCAAUAACCAUAAUACUAGCAGACAAGAUAUAAUAGGAAUGACGAAGACUAAAAUAAGCACUACAAGGAAGACAGAAAAGAGAUUUUACAUUAAAACAAAAAUGAUAAAUAUUAUAAUUAGGAUUAACGAAAAUAAAACAAACACAAUAGAAGUAGUCAUGACAACUCGAAAAUUUCAAAGAAUUAGUAAGAAAUUAAUGAUGGCGAAACCAAAAAAUAAAAUCAAAAAUCUAAUAGUCCAAACAGGAAUGUCAAACAAAAUCAAAAAAGUGAUUAAAUGGAUAUAGAAGAUUCAUUUAAAUAACCUGAAUUACUUGAAUAAGAGAUUAAAAAAAGCACUUUCUCUGAUGUGGAAGAUUACAAAUCUAGCAGUCGCGAAUCUUAAAGGGUCAAACCAUUAUCAAUUAAUCAAAACUCAGGAUAAAAAUAGAAAUAUGACGAGGAUUAACUUGACUACAGCUCAGAUAGAGACAACAAUUGA